ACCAAGGAGUCCGAGAUCAUCGACUUCUUCCUGGGAGCGUCUCUCAAGGACGAGGUUCUGAAGAUCAUGCCCGUGCAGAAGCAGACGCGCGCUGGCCAGCGGACCAGGUUCAAGGCAUUUGUCGCCAUCGGGGACUACAAUGGCCAUGUUGGUUUGGGCGUGAAGUGCUCCAAGGAGGUGGCCACUGCCAUCCGAGGGGCCAUCAUCCUGGCCAAACUCUCCAUUGUCCCAGUGCGGAGAGGCUACUGGGGGAACAAGAUCGGCAAGCCCCACACUGUCCCUUGCAAGGUGACCGGCCUCUUUGGCUCUGUGUUGGUGCGCCUCAUUCCUGCCCCCAGAGGCACUGGCAUUGUCUCUGCUCCUGUGCCCAAGAAGCUGCUGAUGAUGGCUGGCAUCGAUGACUGCUACACCUCAGCCCGGGGCUGCACUGCCACCCUGGGCAACUUCGCCAAGGCCACCUUUGAUGCCAUCUCCAAGACCUACAGUUACCUGACCCCUGACCUCUGGAAAGAGACCGUGUUCACCAAGUCUCCCUAUCAGGAAUUCACCGACCAUCUCGUCAAGACCCACACCAGAGUCUCUGUGCAGAGGACCCAGGCUCCAGCUGUGGCCACAACCUAGGGUUUUUCAUGCAGCGAGAAUAAAGUGAAUUAAGCCUGA